UAAUUUGACUCGUGGAGUGGAGUGGACAUGACAGUAGCGUGGCAACACUGCGCAGUAGCGCGCCGUCGGCUCUUCUGUCGACGACUGUCGUAUUUCGGAAAUCAAAGUUUGCAUGUUUUUUCCUCGAAUUAUCGCUUUAAAUCCUUUGUUUAUUACAAACUGUCGUUCUAGUGAUUAUGUGUUAUCAUCUAGUGUGUGCCAGAGGUGUAUGAUAAGGGUGUCGUUGCAUGGUGGGGGCAAGGCGGCGAGAUGGGGGACAGCUUCCUGCACCAGGGGGACAUCGUGUCCCUCUACGCGGAGGGGACAGUCUCAGGCUUCCUCAGUACUUUAGGGUUGGUAGAUGACAGGUGCGUCGUCUGCCCGGAGGCGGGCGACCUCACUGAUCCGCCCAAAAAGUUCCGGGAUUGCCUGUUUAAAAUAUGUCCCAUGAACCGGUACUCGGCGCAGAAGCAAUUUUGGAACACGGCGAAGCAGUCGGCCAACAACAAUACAGACACGGGCCUGCUCAAGAGAUUACACCACGCAGCAGAGAUAGAGAAGAAGCAAAAUGAGUUGGAGAACAAGAAGUUGCUGGGCACCGUCGUGCAGUACGGCAGCGUGGUGCAGCUGCUGCACGUCAAGUCCAACAAGUACCUCACCGUAAACAAAAGACUGCCCGCGCUGCUUGAGAAAAACGCGAUGCGUGUCCAUCUAGACGCGAACGGAAACGAGGGCUCAUGGUUCUACGUGAUGCCUUUCUACAAGUUACGAUCUACGGGCGACAACGUGGUGGUAGGCGACAAAGUGAUAAUGAACCCCGUGAGCGCGGGCCAGCAAGUGCUACACGUGUCGUCCAACCACGAGCUACCCGACAACGCGGGCUGUAUGGAGGUCAACGUAGUAAACUCCUCAACCUCCUGGAAAGUAACCCUAUUCCUCGAACACAAGGAGAACCAAGAGGAGAUCCUCAAAGGCGGCGACGUGGUCCGCCUCUUCCACGCGGAACAGGAGAAGUUCCUCACCAUGGACGAGUACCAGAAGAGGCAGCAUGUGUUCCUGAGGACCACGGGGAGGUCUAGCGCCACAGCGGCCACUAGCAGCAAGGCGUUGUGGGAGAUAGAGGUAGAUAUAUUACUGUCUCUCUUCCACGGGGAACAGGAGUUCCUCACCAUGGACGAGUACCAGAAGAGGCAGCAUGUGUUCCUGAGGACCACGGGGAGGUCUAGCGCCACAGCGGCCACUAGCAGCAAGGCGUUGUGGGAGAUAGAGGUGGUCCAACACGACCCGUGUCGCGGCGGCGCGGGACACUGGAACUCUAUAUUCCGGUUUAAACACCUCGCCACCGGACACUACUUGGCUGCCGAAGCGUGCGUUAGACCACCAGACGCGCCACUAGACACAGGGGAGCCCGCAUACCAACUAGUCUCCGUGGCGCACUCCUCAGAAAUAGCCACGCUCUUCGAAUUGGACCCGACUACCAUGACUCACUCCGACGCGCCCGUACCGCAGAGUAGCUACGUCAGAUUACAACAUCUAUGCACGCACACAUGGGUGCAUUCGACGUCGAUACCUAUUGAUAAAGAUGAAGAAAAACCUGUCAUGUCUAAGGUGGGGUGUUCAGUGGUGAAAGAAGAUAAAGAAGCGUUUGCGCUGAUAUCCGUCUCUCCGAGCGAAGUGCGAGACCUCGACUUCGCGAAUGACGCCUGCAAAGUGCUUUCUGCGCUCUCGGGCAAGCUGCAGAACGGAAACAUAGAGCACAACGAGAGGAAAGCCCUGACCUGCCUCCUCCAAGACAUAGUUUACUUCAUAGCCGGCUUUGAAAACGAACCAAACAAGUCCGAGGCCCUGGAGCUGAUAGUGGAGAACCCGAACAGGGACCGCCAGAAGUUACUGCGAGAACAAUAUAUCCUGAGGCAACUGUUCAGGAUACUGCAGGGUCCAUUUCAAGAGUCAUCAGAGGGCGAAGCGUUCCUCAAGAUCGAGGAGCUCUGUGACGCUCGCUACGCUGCAUAUAAAUACAUCUUCAGGCUCUGUUACCGGAUACUGCGGCUCAGUCAACAGGACUAUCGGAAGAACCAGGAAUACAUAGCGAAACACUUCGGGUUCAUGCAGAAGCAGAUAGGCUACGACAUCCUAGCCGAAGAUACCAUCACUGCCUUACUACAUAACAAUCGGAAAUUACUGGAAAAGCACAUUACGGCCUCGGAGAUCGAGACCUUUGUAGGCCUCGUCCGCAAGAACAUGAAGACAUGGCAGUCCCGAUUCCUCGACUAUUUAAGCGACCUGUGCAUCUCCAACAAGAAGGCUAUCGCCGUCACACAAGAACUUAUCUGCAAGAGCGUGCUCUGUGCCAACAACUCCGACAUACUCAUCGAGACGAGGGUCGUCUCCACAAAAUACGAAAAAAGCAGCGGCUCCCCAAAGACUGACGAGGAAAUCAAACAGUACACUGUCGAAGACGAAGUCAUAUUGUUGUGGAACAACAAGAAGGAUUCCCGCCUACUAACGGAGCUAGCGGCCGAAGCCCGCGAGGAGCCCGCAGGCACGUCGGCCGCCAUCUUGGACUACUACCGCCACCAGCUCGACCUGUUCUCCAACAUGUGUCUCAACAGGCAGUACCUGGCCCUCAACACGCUGUCGCCGCAGUUGAAUAUACAGCUGAUACUCAAAUGCAUGUCGAACAACUUGCUGUCCCACGAACUGCGAGCGUCUUUCUGCCGUCUAAUGUUACAUCUACACGUCGACCGCGACCCUCAAGAGCCUGUCACACCUGUCAAAUACGCUCGUCUGUGGACAGAGGUGCCAGACCACAUACACAUCAAAGAUUACCAAUGCGUGAAAGGCGGCCCCGACGCGAACCGCGAGAAAGUCAAACAACAGUUCGCGUCCACCAUCGGCUUCGUGGAGAACUAUCUCUGCAACGUCGUCACAAGAACGUGGUACUUCAGUGACCACGAUCAGAAUAAAUUGACAUUUGAAGUGGUGAAGCUCGCGAGGGAACUGAUUUACUUUGGUUUCUACAGCUUUAGCAAUCUGCUGCGGCUAACGAAGACGCUGCUCAGCAUUCUGGACAGCGUGACCUCUGCUAUGGACCUCUUGAAUGAGACCAACGCCUUAUCAGGAGAAGUCGAAUCUGAAGGUGGAGUUCUUCGCAGCAUCGGCGAUAUGGGCGCCGUUAUGACGUCAAUAACGCUGGGAUCUGUCACUAGAAAUGCGGGCGGCGGCGGCGCAGGGGCGGCGGCUCCACGCAGCGCGAGCGCCGCGCUGGCCCGCGAGCACCCCCUCGUCAUGGACACCAAGCUCAAGAUCAUCGAGAUCCUGCAGUUCAUCCUAGAUGUCCGGCUGGACUACCGCAUCAGCUGUCUCCUCUCCAUCUUCAAGAAAGAGUUUGAGCAAGCCGGCGAGCGAGCAGACGUGGAGGCCAUAGGGCUACAAGCCGAAGGCAUAUUCAGUUGCAGGGACGGUCUCGACCUGGACGAGUGCGGAGGGCGCAUGGUGUUACGCGUGCUGCUGCAGUUGUGCUCUCAAGGGGCCUCGGCGGCCCUGGUGUCUGGGGCCCUCGCGUUGCUGUUCAGACACUUUAGUCAGCGGCAAGAAGUGUUGGCGGCCUUUAAACAGGUCCAACUGCUAGUGUCUGACGCUGACGUGGAAUCGUACAAGCAGAUCAAAGCAGACUUGGACCUCUUGCGCCAGAGCGUGGAGAAGUCCGAACUGUGGGUCUUCAAUAAAGGCCGCGCCGGCACGUUGGACGAACACGGAGGUGGAAUAGGCACGGUGGGUCCCGGCGGAGCGAUUCUAGAGCGCAACGCCUCCAUGGACAACGUUCUGGACACGUCGCGGACCGCCAAGCACGACAACAACGAGUACAAGAAAAUCAAACACAUACUACAACGCAUGAUUAAAUACUGCACCCACGGCAACAGCGGCGCCGCCACCAGCGGCAAGCCGCGGCGGCACGAGCAAAGACUCCUGCGCAAUAUAGGCGUGCACAACAUUGUGCUGGACCUACUGCAAGUCCCUCACGAUGAAGAUGACGCAGCCAUGGAUGAACUGCUCGCGUUGGCGCACGAGUUUCUCCAGCACUUCUGCCACGGCAACCAGCAGAACCAGGCCAUCCUGCACAAGCAUUUGGAUCUAUUCUUGAACGCUGGGAUCCGAGAAGCCCAGACGGUGUGCGCCAUCUUCAAAGACAACGCAACACUAUGCAGCCAUGAGGGCAACGAGAAAGUCGUCGCACACUUCGUCCACUGCAUCGAGUCCAGAGGCCGACGACCGGCCUAUCUACACUUCCUGAGGACCAUAGUACAUGCUGAUACCCAGUAUAUAAGGAGGAGUCAGGAUUUGGUCAUGCAAGAGAUGGUGAACGCAGGCGAAGACGUGCUGAUAUUCUACAACGAUCGGGUGUCGUUCAACAACUUCAUACAGAUGAUGCGCCAGUACAAGCAGACCAACGAGAUGCCAGAAGCCUUGAGAUACCACAUCCAGCUGGUGAAGCUGCUAACAUGUUGCACGAUGGGCAAGAACGUGUACACCGAGAUAAAAUGCCACAGCCUGUUGCCGCUCGACGACAUCGUCUCCAUGAUCACACACCCCGACUGUAUACCAGAGGUAAAAGAAGCGUACGUAGGCUUCCUAAACCACUGCUACAUCGACACCGAAGUGGAGAUGAAGGAGAUAUACUCCAGCAACUACAUGUGGGACUUGUUCGAGCGCUCGUUCCUACAAGACAUGCAGGCGAUACUACAAGGAGACGCGCAUUUGCAAGUCGCUGUCCCAGGCACGUCCGAGGAGCCCCCAGCUGCCACAUGCGGAGCACAGAAGGCCUGGGUGAACUACGUGACCGACGUGCUAGUUCAGACAAUAUGCACGUUCUUCAACUCGCCCUUCAGUGACCAGAGCACCACCGUGCAGACGCGGCAGUCCAUCUUCGUGAAGCUUCUACAGACCACAUUCCGCAUCUACCAGUGCCCCUGGCUGACUCCCCCGCAAAAGCUUAAUGUGGAGAAGUGCAUCCGGACCCUUAGCGAAGUCGCGAAAUCCCGCAGCAUAGCGAUACCCCUCGAGCUGGAAGGCAAGAUCCAGGCGGUGUUCGAGAAAGUGGCGCAGUUCUCCCGACAAACCAGCAAGUGGCUGCUCGCCUCCAAGACCUCCAAACUGGAGAAAAUGGCUUCUCAGUCGAACCUGCAAAACGACAGAUCAGUAAUGGAAGGUCUUCAAGAAAUAGUAGCACUGCUAGAAGAACAACUGCGACCACUGCUACAAGCAGAACUGUCGUUGCUUGUCGACAUCUUGUACAAACCACAUCUUCUGUUCACGAGUCCGGGCGAGGCCGCUGAAGAGAAUACGAGAGGCAUCUUUAUAUCCAGACUAAUCCGUCACACGGAGAAGCUUCUAGAAGAGAAGGAAGAGAAGCUGUGUGUCAAAGUGCUGCGGACGUUACGGGAGAUGAUGGCUGUCGAUCCGGAAUACGGGGAAAAGGGCAACCAACUCCGCAACAAGUUGCUCUCGCAAUACUUCGUCAACCGCAAGUCGGAGCCCAAGAUCCAGCCUCCGCCCAGCUCCAUCGCCGUGACUCACGGCCCUGGUGCGAAAGUCCUAAUGCGGACGGGGCAGACCCUGGCGCAAGUGCAGGUCCACCUGAACCACGAGGGCGCCUCGGACUUGGUGGUGGACCUCGUCAUCAAGAGCACCAACCGACCGGCCAUCUUCCUCGAGGCGAUACAGUUGGGUAUCGCGCUACUGGAAGGAGGCAACUCCACCAUCCAAUCGAGUAUUUUCACCAAACUGCAGAAUGGAGAAAUUUCACAAUCUUUCCUGAAGGUGUUUUACGACAAGAUGCGCGAAGCGCAGCAGGAGAUCAAAUCCCUCGCGGCGAGCACGUCCGCCGCGGCCACCGGCGACAAGCAGCGGCAGCACGCCGACAAACACAAGCAGCCUAUCACUGAUGGUAAAACCCCCACCGGGCCGCUGGUGGUGGGCGAGGAGAUGGACGACGAGGUGACCAGCGCGUGUGGCUCCGCUGUCCACGCUUACUCCGACAUACACACCAUGUCACACGGCACAACGGUCCUAGAAGAAAUAAUGGCGGAGAAGAAGCGAGAAGCCGGCAGUUCUGACGUGCUACCAGCUAAAGUGUCCGUAAUGAAGCCCAUCCUGCGGUUCCUGCAGCUGCUCUGCGAGAACCACAACCCGGACCUACAAAACCUCCUCCGCAACCAGAACAACAAAUCCAACUACAACCUGGUCUCCGAGACCCUCAUGUUCCUGGACUGCAUCUGUGGGUCCACCACCGGAGGCCUGGGGCUGCUGGGGCUGUACAUCAACGAGGGCAAUGUCGCACUUAUCAACCAGACGUUGGAGACCCUCACGGAGUACUGUCAAGGCCCCUGCCACGAGAACCAAAACUGCAUAGCGACGCACGAGAGCAACGGUCUCGACAUCAUCACCGCUCUCAUUCUGAACGACAUCAACCCCCUCGGCAAGACAAGGAUGGAGCUAGUGCUGGAACUGAAGAACAACGCUUCCAAACUCUUGCUCGCCAUUAUGGAGAGCAGGAACGACUCUGAGAAUAAUGCCGAGAGGAUACUUUAUAAUAUGAACCCACGCCAGCUGGUAGAUGUGGCGUGCUCUGCCUUCCAUCAGGAGCACGCGCCGGACGCGGACUCCGACUCGGAGGACGACGCGCCCGUGCAAGGCGUCUCUCCUAAGGAAGUGGGCCACAACAUCUACAUCCUGUGCCACCAGCUGGCCGGCCACAACAAGGAGCUGGCCGCGCUGGUGCGCGCCGCGCCCGGCGCCGCGCACCAGCACCAGCUCGCGCUGCAGUACUACCGUACUCACACGGCGCAGAUAGAGAUAGUCCGAACGGACCGCAGCAUGGAACAGAUAGUGUUCCCCAUCCCCGAGAUCUGCGAGUAUCUGCCCGCCGACAGUAAGCACCGCGUGCUGCAGACCGCCGAGCGAGACGACCAGGGCAGCAAGGUUGCAGACUUCUUUUCCCGUCUUGACAACCUCUUCCACGAGAUGAAAUGGCAAAAGAAGUUGAGAGGUCAACCUUUUCUGUUCUGGGUGUCGUCCUACAUGUCUCUAUGGAGCACCAUCUUAUUCAACUUCGCUGUUCUAAUCAACGUCAUCGUUGCUUUUUUCUAUCCAUUUCAAGAAGAAACCCCCAAGCUGGGCCAGCACCUAUCGCUGGUGGUGUGGUGCGUGUCCGCCAGCGCAGCGGCGCUGGUGACGUGGCUGCCGCGCUCGUCGGGCGUGCGCGCGCUGCUCGCCAGCGGCAUCGUGCGGCUCAUAUUCAGCGCCGGGCCCGAGCCGACCCUGUGGACCCUGGGCAUGCUCACGAUAGUGGUGAAGGGCGUCCACCUCGUCUCCAUCAUGGGCAACCAGGGCACUCUGUCCAAGGCCCCCCGCCGGGUCCUCCGGGACCCGGAGCUCCUCUACCACGGCGCGUACCUCGGCUUCUGCUUCAUGGGCAUCUGCUGGCACCCAUUCUUCUUCUCGGUGCUGCUUCUAGACAUUGUGUACCGCGAAGAGACCCUACUGAACGUGAUGCGAUCAGUGACACGCAACGGGCGCUCCAUCCUCCUGACGGCCGUCCUGGCGCUGGUGCUGGUCUACAUGUUCUCCAUCGUCGGCUACAUGUUCUUCCGCGACCACUUCCUGCUGAACGUCGACCGGCUGGACGACGACGACGACCCGCGCUACGACAUGGAUAAGUGCUCCGACGACGCCGCCAACAAGUACCUACACGACGGCACCCCGCAGUGCUCCCGCGGACGGUUCGUGUCCGUCGGCGGCGACAUACGCGAGCGCUCCUGCGACUCGCUCAUCAUGUGCAUAGUGAGCACGCUCAACCAGGGGCUGCGCAACGGCGGUGGCAUCGGCGAUGUGCUCCGAGCGCCCGCUAGCUGGGAGCCCCUGUUCGUGGCGCGGGUGGUGUACGACCUGCUGUUCUUCUUCGUGGUGAUCAUCAUCGUCCUCAACCUCAUCUUCGGCGUCAUCAUCGACACCUUCGCCGACCUGCGUAGCGAGAAACAGCAGAAGGAGCUCAUACUCAAGAACCAUUGUUUUAUUUGCGGACUGAACAGAUCAGCAUUCGACAACAAAACGGUCUCGUUCGAGGAACACAUAAAAAGCGAACACAACAUGUGGCACUACCUUUACUUCAUGGUGCUCGUGCGGGUCAAGGACCCCACCGAGUACACCGGCCCCGAGAGCUACGUGCACUCCAUGAUCAAGUCGAACAACCUGGAGUGGUUCCCUCGACUGCGCGCGCUGUCGCUGAUGGGCGGCGGCGAGGGCGAGGGCGGCGAGCUGGAGCUGCGCAACCUGCAGGCGCAGCUCGAGCGAGCGCAGGCCGCCGUGCGCGCGCUCACGGAACUACUCACGGAGCUGCGCGACCAGAUGACAGAGCAACGGAAGCAGAAGCAGCGCAUAGGGCUGCUCAACUCCACGUCCGCGUACCUCCAGACCCUGCAGAUGAACCUCCCGCCGUGAGAAUAGCGACCGGCACCGACAGUUCCGCGUGGGGACCGUGGCCAGCAGUCUUAACUAACUUGGCACCACCAGGCAAUAUUCUACUUUAUUUUCUAAGUAAUUGAGGAUAAUUUAGCUUAACUAACUUACAAUCUUAUUUUAAAAGCAUUUGGGAAUAAUUUUUAAACGUGUGAGGAUAAGAGCAUACCUUAGAGACUUGAAAAGGACAAAUUCUUUGUUGUCUGUGAUAUGACUUGACGUCGUUUGCGUAUUUGUGACAGUGAUACUGAUAACCUAUCAUCUGUUAUAGCUCUCUACAUAAAAGGAUAUUUUGAGCUUUGUAAUAUCACAAUCAAUUAAUUUUAAAAACGUUACUUUCGGAUUUAAAAAUGAUUGAAUUGACUGUAAAUUAACUUACAAUCGACGCGCAAGUAUAUCCUCAAAUGCUACGAGUAUCAAAUAAUUAUUUCCAAACCUAAGUAAAGUAUCCUAGAUUUAUUCUGCAGUUCUCAAUUAAGUCACAAUUAUGUGUAACAAUUUAUUUUUCCAAAUUUUAAUUGUUAGGUUGUUAAGAUUGGGCCAGAGUCCCCACGCCGGCGUAUUGCGACUUAACGUCAUAUUGCAAAUGAGAGUCGCUCUGUCACUCCUACCGUGCAACGGUUACCCAUCCUCAAGUAAGAGAAAUCAUUUACUCUUCACAAAAUGGACUAGAUUUUGAACUAUUAGACAAAAUAUUGAAAUAAAAGAAUCGGUACGUUGAAAUGUCUUAAGCGAAGAUUUAAAGUUAAUGUUUGUAAAGAAUUAUUUUUUUAUAAGUAUGUUACCGAAUUACUGUUUAGGUAAAGUUGGGUUUUUUGGUACCGUCAAUGCGAUUAAUAUUCUGUCAAAUAAUUCAGCUCUAAAAUGAAAUCUUGAUUAUGCUCAAUCGUGGAAAGCAAUAUUUACUAUAAAUUAAGGUAACUCGUUAGAAUUACUUUAUAAUGUGUCAAAUCAAAUAUUCAUCCUAUCUACUGCUCGCACAAUCAAGUAUAGACCUUAUGGUAUAUAAAUUAAGGAUCAAAUUCGAUUCAAACAUGAUUCCGAAAUACGUAUAUAUUGACAAUUUUAAAGUUGACAAUGACAUAUGAACUCUAAAAAUAAGAAAAUGUUAGUCAAAUUUUAACGUAGAAACUCUACAGAUCUUAUGAUGUAGGGUGAUUGCCAAUUGGAAAUUUUUAAGAUUUCUGAUCGGCUGACAAUUGGUGUUGUAAUAUACUACUAAAGGUAGUGAAGUAGUGUGUAGAUAUAUAUGAAUUGUACACGGAAGGUGUAAGAGAGAUUUAUUAUUACGUAAACUCCCAUUGCACAAGUUUCAAUAUGAUAUUUACAGAUAGAAGAUACUUAUAAACUGGAAAAUGAACCUUAGCACCUCGCAAUAAGGUUAAUUUUACUACUUUAUCGCAAGGUGCACGUGUCAUUUCCACCACAAAUAUUUAAAGAUUUUACCAAAUAUUCUGAAUUUUGAAAAAUAGCUAAAUAUUUAUUGGAAUUAAAUCAUUGCAGUGGAUUGUGAAAAACUGUUAACGUAAGUCCGUUGUACCUAAACAGAGGGCCUACCGCGAACCACGAUCCACGUGUUGCCUCUCUGUCGCACUUCUAAAUUCGUACGUAAGUAUGACAGGGAGGCAUCGCGUCGACCGUGGUUCACAGUAGGCCCCCAGACUACCGACACAUCUUUUGACAAUUAGCCUGCUAAACAUAUUACGAUAUCUUCGGGAACUUUGCUAAUGGGAAACACUAAAUUGGAAUCAUUCUUAUGCGGAGUUACUAUUUUAAGCUAAACGGGUAGACGUAGACAGUUAGACAUAUCUUCGAUCAAUGAUAUUCGAUAUAUGCAUAGUUAGUACGUCUUAUUACACUCUGUGUUUCAUGGGGUUUUAUACAUUUAUGGGACUUGGAACAGAACAUUGUAUUUAUUUAUUCAGUCUUCCUAUCGACGCUAUAUCACUUCAGCAAUGAUAAUUGAAGUUCGUUUCUAAGUUAUAAAUUAUGUAUUAAGUCGUUUUAUGACAGACAAUUUUAUAUUCUGGGAAUCGAAGGGUAAUAUAUACUUUGGACCUAUCGGAAAUCAACAAAAGUGUUAUUUAUCAGAGAUAAAGCAAAUACGGCGUCAGUAUCAGUAAUGUUACCAAUGCCAAUAUAAAGUUAUAAUUCUACCUAUUAUGUACGUAAUUAAAAAAAGAUACUUUAAAAAUAACACGUUUAGAAGGUCCAUAUUUGUAUAAAAAACCAAUUUGGGUAUCCUCUUCGGCGAAACGUCCACUAAUGAGGGAGGGAUGGUAGACCCUUGUUCUGACGUUCGUGUUCAAUUAGAACAAAUUUCAUCGUUCUAGUGUCCGGUACAGGGAUAGAAAAGUCUAUGUCAUGCAUGGAGAUAUUAUUACUAUAGAGAAGCUAUACCAAACAAUGAAAUUGUCGCAAUCACAACCUGUAUCACGCGAAUAAAGAAUAAACGUCGUAAGCGCCUUAAAAUUCAUGGCACUUACGCGUUUAGGUCGCGAGACUCACGCUCCGCUUCUAUGAAUAUAAUACAACAUCAAUUCAUGGCGCAGAAUACUUGUUCUCUGUGCCGGUCUUACUCGAAUACGUUAGUAAUAAUAGUUCAAUUAUGUCAUGACAUUUUUGUGAAAUACAUAUACUAUUGUUUUUGUCUUUAAUAAGAUAAUUAACGCGAAGUAAUUAAAUUAAGUCUUUGUUAUCGACCACCUUUAUCUUGUCCGUGGUUUAUUUUUGUAUGUAAUCAUUAUACACUAUCAAUGUUAACGAUUUAGAUAUUGAGAUAGGAACGUAAUGAGUCAUCCUUAAAACUCUUCCGAAAAUAAACGCUAUAUGCAUGGUUAAACAUAAACUUUUCUAUCCCCAAUCGGUUUAGUGUUCAAAGAUUAGAAUAUAUAAUUGUUGUCGGGGAGCUUCGUCCUGUUUCCGCCGUCUCGGCACUUCUGUUCACGUAGGGUAGUUGUUAGUGUUGAUUAUUAUGUAUGAUAUUACCGCGGUCCAACUUACUCUAGGAUUUCUAUUUCUACCGUGUGCUAUAUCUUAUCUGUUUCUCCUUACAUUUAUAUUUAUUAGAUAUUAUAAUUCUACAUAAAAUAAUAUACGAUGCUAUUGCCAGUCGAAAUAUUAAUGUCAGGAAAGUGAAUAACAAUUUAGUGCAUAUGGGUACUAAUGUUUUUACUGUUUUCUUAACCUUUUAAAUACUUAUUUUUAAAGUACGUUGAUUAGAAAACGUAUCUUAGUAUUGAAAUUGAAAGCCUUUAACUAUUGUUAAAUCGUGAUAUUUUACAACUAUGGGCAACGUGAGUAUUUAAAGGGUUAAAUUCUUGUUGUUAUCACUGUUAACCCUUCCAUUGUUAGUACAGUCAGCAUUAUAUAAAUAUACUUCCGUAGCCGACUGUACCGAAGCUCCCCUAAUUUCGGAUGUGCAAUAAGUAAUAGCUCAAAAUCUGUUACCUAUUUACAUUAGUUAGAGAGUAUCUAAGUUUAUUCGAAUCUUGUAAAGAUCUGUAUCGUGUGGCUAAAUUGUAUUUUUGUUAAUUAUAUUAUUGUAUGGAUAGUGUACGGGUGUGUCAUUAUUACGUUUGUAAUCUAUGUACACCCUGUUUGGUAGCCGCUGAUAUUGCUUUUAACACUAAACAUAAAAAUUAUUGAAAAAAAUGUAUGAGUUAAUGUUUUAAUGUGUUAACUGAUAUUUAGAAUAAUAUCUUAUUGCAACGCCAUACAAGUCCACAGAUUGUCAGUGAAGUGUCACAGUUAGUAUAUUAAUGUCUCGUGUCACGUGAGACCGAGGUCUCCUUAAAGCUAGAGUGAACAGGCUAUUCCUGAACCGGUGAGCUCUAUCUUAGGCUCUGUCUUCACUUUCCAUCAGGUGACUAGUGCCAAUCGCCGAUCAGUUUAUUAUAAAAAAAAAACGUGAAUUCGUCAGAAAAAUACGCGUUAUCAAGGGUAAUUAUUCACGUGAGGCCGCUUAUUUAUGACACAUCAACAUGUAAUCGUAAAAUGUUUGUAAUCAUAAAUUAACUGUUAGUCACUGUUCUUAGGGUCGGUUGCACCAAACUGUUUGUCAUCGUUAAAGUCUUUGCUUUUUAUUGUAUGGAAAGUUUCAUAGUAAACCACCGCGGCGCGCCGAGCGACGUUGAUCAGUCUGUCACGUGUGGAUGGUGCAACUGGCACUUACUGUAAAAGUGACAUGUUCGGACUUCUAUAGCGUCCAUACUCAGAACGAGUUGACCGCGACGCGCUACGCAUGUUUUUUCAUAAUCAACAAAUGUUGAGUUUUUUAGAUGUUAUUAGCGACUAUUUUAGUACCUACCUAAUUCAGUGCUAGUUGCAAUAUUAGCGGCUUUGAGUUAGUUUAAGUGAAAGUUUUCGACGAGAGUUGUUCAGUAAAUGACAAAUAGUUUAAUUACGGAAUUGGAUCUAACGUAGGGUUAAUAUCGAAUAAGAACACUGUUUCUAGGUACUCACUGUCUGUUAUGGCUGUAGGAAUAAUUAAAUUAAAGUGUAUUUAAAAAAAUCUAAAAGAUUACUUAAAGAUCUUACUAGCUUAGCUAUGAUGUUUUUGCCAUCGUAGUUUUUCAUUAAGCACCAUUUUUUUAGUUUAUGUAUAAUAGUAUUUUAAACUUUGUACUUAUUUUAUUUCUAUACCUUAUUUAUGUGUACCGAAACUACACUAGUUAAUUUUUUCGAUAUUUGAUUUAGUGACAUGAAUCUAUCUUCUUAAUAAGUUUAUUUGUUAGUUUCGUACUCUACAGCCAAAACACGCCAAUGAGCAUUUUCAAAACCAGUGCCAUCUCUAGUGCCGCGACAUACAGACAAGCAAACAUACAUGCCAAAUACACUUCCUUACCCCUGUGUACUUAACUCUUUUAUUGUAAAAUGUAUUUUUAAUAUCGUAUUUUUAGUCGAAAGGCUAUGAUAUAUUUUAUCAGUGACUGUUUCUACUUCUUUCGACUUAUUACCUCUUUUCGAUCUUCCUUAGAAAAUCUAACCAAAAAAUCGUUAUUUUUGUUAUUGUCUUUAACAUUCCCAAUGUUUCUUUAUUACUAUCGAAUUUUAUAUAAAUCUGUUACUAGCCUUCUAGAUCUCUAUCGAUCCAAGUGAAUCUAUAUCUAUAUACAUAGAAAAGAUUUAUAGCAAUAUUAUGGUAUUUAUUGCACAGAUACAUUCCUAGUGUAUUUUUUAUAUAAUUUAUUCUAUUUAAACUAGCGUUGAUCUGUAUUUUGGAAUCUAAAAGCUAAGUUAUUGGAUCUUAUAUUUGUACUAACGUAGACGGGCGGCGACACGAUCCGACACGAUUAGUCAUGUCGUUCACGUGUCGUGUCGUGUCGUGCGUCGCUCUCGCGGUGUUUUAUUGUGAUUGCCGUUGUGAUGUACGCAAUAAAACAUGUUUUGUUUUACUGAAAAAUAAAGAUAUGGCACAAA